CCACCACUAGUUCGUAUCCAUCUUGACAAAAGUUUUUGCAAGCGCAUAAAAUUAAACAGUUUAUAGCGUUUGUAGGCAACAAAUCGCCACUAGAAUAACUGGAAAAAAGCAAACAUGGGAAGCAACGACAGAGCAUCGAGAUCGCCGCGUUCGGACGAUCAGCGCGAGAUCAGCGACAUGCCGGCCACCAAAAGAACGCGCUCCGACUCGGGCAAGUCCACGGAUUCGAAAAUUCCCUACCUUUCGCAGCCCCUGUACGACCUCAAGCAGACGGGCGAUGUCAAGUUCGGUCCGGGCACCCGAUCGGCGCUCCUCGGCCUCCUGGGCGGCGCCCUGCCCAAGCUCUCCUCGGAGCAGCACGACCUGGUCAGCAAGGCCAAGAAGUACGCCAUGGAGCAGAGCAUCAAGAUGGUGCUCAUGAAGCAGACACUGGCCCACCAGCAGCAGCAACUGGCCACGCAGCGCACGCAGGUUCAGCGACAACAGGCACUGGCUCUCAUGUGCAGAGUCUACGUGGGCAGCAUUUCGUUCGAGCUCAAGGAGGACACAAUUCGUGUGGCCUUCACUCCCUUCGGCCCCAUCAAAUCAAUCAACAUGUCCUGGGAUCCCAUCACGCAAAAGCACAAGGGAUUCGCGUUCGUGGAGUAUGAGAUACCCGAGGGCGCACAGCUGGCGCUGGAACAGAUGAACGGAGCCCUGAUGGGGGGCAGGAACAUCAAGGUAGGCCGACCCAGUAACAUGCCACAGGCCCAGCAGGUGAUCGACGAGGUGCAGGAGGAGGCCAAGAGCUUCAACCGCAUCUACGUGGCCUCCAUCCAUCCCGACCUGUCCGAGGAGGACAUCAAAAGCGUCUUCGAGGCCUUCGGCCCGAUCCUCUACUGCAAGCUGGCCCAGGGCACUUCCCUUCACACGCACAAGGGCUACGGCUUCAUCGAGUACGCCAACAAACAGGCCAUGGACGAGGCAAUCGCCAGCAUGAAUCUCUUUGAUUUGGGAGGUCAGCUUCUGAGAGUGGGUCGAUCUAUUACGCCGCCGAAUGCCCUGGCCUGUCCCACAACGAACUCCACGAUGCCCACGGCUGCGGCAGUGGCUGCAGCGGCAGCAACGGCAAAGAUCCAGGCCCUGGAUGCGGUGGCCAGCAAUGCGGUUCUCGGCUUGUCGCAGAACACACCUGUCAUGGCAGCUGGAGCAGUGGUCACCAAGGUGGGGGCAAUGCCAGUGGUUUCGGCAGCCACCUCGGCGGCUGCUCUGCAUCCUGCUUUGGCUCAAGCCGCUCCUGCUCUUCUGCCACCCGGAAUAUUCCAGGCACCAACUCCCGUGGCUCCCAGUUUGCUUGGAGUUCCUGCUGGCCUGCAACCUCUACAGGCGGUGGUGCCCACUCUUCCGCCGCCCGCCCUUCUGGCCACACCCACCCUGCCCAUGACGGUCGGUGGCGUUGGCGUGGGCAUAGUGCCCACUGUGGCCACUCUUGCGGGAGCGGAGGCCAGCAAUGGAGCUGCAGCUGCUGCCGCCCUCUCUGCCGCUGCGAACAAUGCCGCUGUCACGGCAGCAAACCUCUCGGAGAACAUCAAGAAGGCGCACGAGAAGCAGCAGGAGGAGCUGCAGAAGAAGCUGAUGGAUGAGGGCGACGUGCAGACGCUGCAGCAGCAGGAGAACAUGUCCAUCAAGGGCCAGAGCGCGCGGCAGUUGGUGAUGCAGCGACUGAUGCGGCCGGUGGACUCACGUGUAAUCAUCCUGCGAAAUAUGGUCGGACCCGAGGAUGUGGACGAGACCCUGCAGGAGGAGAUCCAGGAGGAGUGCAGUAAAUUCGGCACCGUCAGCCGCGUGAUCAUCUUCAACGAGAAGCAGACGGAGAACGAGGACGACGACGAGGCGGAGAUCAUCGUGAAGAUCUUCGUGGAGUUCUCGGCAGGAGCGGAGGCCAUGCGGGGCAAGGAGGCUCUCGACGGCCGGUUCUUCGGCGGCCGGAGAGUGGUGGCCGAGCUCUACGACCAGGGCAUCUUCGAUCAGGGAGAUCUGUCCGGUUAGAAGGGGAGCUAUCUGAAUUGCAUGUGGCUCCCACAUUUGUUCUAUCAUUUUUUACGUAGCACCUAAAACGCAACGAUGCAAGUUUAUUUAUUACGCCAGUCCGAAAGCCAACGCACGGCAGCUGGAUUAUAAAAUACGAUUAUGAUGAUUAUGAUGAUUCUGCAACGCAGUGAUUUAGUCUUAAAAAAGUAUCCCUACAGCGAGGAAAGCAAAAGUCGGUUUUUUUUCGCAUUAUCGGAGCAAGAAAACCACAAAUUAGAACCCAGGCAAGCACGCCGCCGCCGACUAACAAUGUGUAAAUUUACAUUUGAUUAAUUUCAGCGCUUAACUUACAAAAUAAACUAUAGUUUCCAAUUCAA